AUAAAAAUAUAAGUAAAAUCUAAAUAUUGAGUAGAAAAAGGGACAUUUGCGUAAAUUAACCCAACUAUUCCACAACUAUGAUAAUCGGCUUGGCCUCCGGUCAUAUUAUACCACCAACUUCUACAGCCUAAUAUAAAGAAGCUCUCUAUAGAAGAGCCAACUCUUCAGCAAAAAUGGAUGAUGGAAAUGGUGGGCCCUACUAUGGAUGCCACGUUGGAUCACAAGAUAUGAGGGUAGUCAACCGGAUAAUGCUAAGAUUCCGGCCAAUCGCACCUAAACCGGUUACCGAUGGUUCAGAAACUGGUUCUAAACCGGAGGACAUCGAGAAUGAACCGGUUACUAAACCGAGAAGGAAGAGAAAGUACGUUAGAGUUAAGAAAAAUAGCAAGUGUAACAAUAUUAUUGAAGAAGAAGAAAGGAAAGAUGGAUCUGUUGUAACCCUUCAGUUGCUUCCGGAGAGUAGCAGUAGCAGCGCGAACUUUCAAGAUAACGGAGCUUUACAAAAUGAAAUCAGUUUCUCUCAUAAGUAUGAUAAUAAUGGUAUCUUCGCCAUCAGUUCGCCAGAUCAGUUAGAUCUGAAGGUAGCGAUGCAAACACCAAGAAUGGUGGAGUCUUGGGUGAUGGUGGAUGGAGUGACAAAAACAUUUGCAGAUGAAGACGCUUUGUUAGGAAGUACGGACAUGGAGAAGAUGAAGAAUCUCGAGACGGACACGUGUCCAGGAUUGAUAUCGGAUGGCUUAGGUUUUGUGCAGUGGGUUAAUCAGGCAUAUCGGAGAAUGGUGGCAGAUCCUCUAGAAGACGGAGGACCAACAUCGGAGAUGAUGGUGAGGUUGGUUAUGAAGGAGAAAAUUAUAAGUGAGGAAUUGCCUAGAGCAUUUGCAUGCAGUGUAAGGGUAGUGUAUUCAUCGCAGAAUUCGAAGCAAUCACGAAUAAUGCCGUGUGAUGUGUGGAAAAUGGAGUUUGGAGGGUUUGCAUGGAGGUUUGAUUCUAAGGCUGCACUUAGCUUGGGUCGUUGAAGGAACAAAAACACCUUCACCAACCAAGAAAGCUUGCUCACAAGCCAGCAGGCCGGAACCAAGAUUUUCAUUAAGAAGAUUCAAAAUAUAAAGAAGUAAUCAAAUCCACCAAAAAGCUAAGGGGAUUCAACAUCUACCAUAGAUGCAUAAAAAAUAAUUUUGAAUAUUAUGUACAAUGUAAUUUU